AUGCCUAAGACACCAGUCACGCAAAGAAGUCUGGUAGCCCGGAUGGCAGCAACUGAAGCACCAGCGCCGGCACCAGUAGCACCGUCAGCACCGCCGCCGCCGAUCCCAGCAGCUACCCCUGCUACACCCACCGACGGCAGCUCCCUCCUCUCAGCCAACACAGCAGACCCAAAGUCCGAAAUCCUGAACAAGCACACCAUCGCCUGGCUAGUGGUAAUAGUCGUCAUUGUCCUCGCCAGCCUGGUCAUCAUCAGCUGCCUCCUCUGCCGCUGCAAAAGACGCCGAAAGAAGCGCAUGAACGCCGCCGGACACAGCCAUCAUGCCAGCCUGGAAGUCACGGAUGGCCGGAACAUACACUCCGCUUGGAACAAGAACGCACCCCACAGACCGAUUGACAUGCUGGACCAGACGAGGGAUGGUGCAGUUGCGAUCAGUCUUAUGCCGUUGACGAAGGCUGCUGUGAGGCCGGCGGGGUACUCCAAGGAGGUCGUGCCUGGGGUUAGUGUGGUGGAGGAGGAGGAGGAUGAUGCUGUGAGUCAGCUGACCCCGGUGUAUGGGAGGAACAGAGGGGCCACUGGGAUGAGAAGGGAGGCGACGGGGAGCAGGUAUCAUUCGGUGUUGAGUAAUGCGUGGAAGCGGAUCAGUCAGAUAGGCAAGGCGUACUGA